CAAAAUUACGUAUUAGUGGUUUGCUAGAAAGUAAUUAGGUUAUAACUUUAUUACUUGACCCACGGCUAUUAUAUGUGUAAUAAUUUAUCCAUCCAUUGCCAGACAGAUAAUGAGGAAAUUCAUUUAUGUACCUAAAUAAUAAUAAUUGUCAGACGAAGCAAGUGGCCCUAACCUAAUGUUGAGUGAAGAACCAUUGCCUAUAAACACAGCAACACUUCGCAGAGUUCCUGAAAUGAAGCUACAAAAAUCUGGAAGAAAUUCUGAUCAAGUUAAAUCAAAGGCAGAUCAGCCUGAUCAAGCAAGCAUGAAAAGAGGAAAGAAAAGGAAAAGGCAAGCAGAUUUUGACGAAAUUAAAAAUGAAAAUGGUGAUUUUCAGAUAAACCCUGAGCUUUAUAGUGAUUCUGGUGAGCCUACAAAUUUCAAGAGAUACAAAUUAAAUGAAUUUAACAGUCAAAAUGAAGAAUCUCUGUGUGAAGCUGAGGACUACCUCAAUCUUAGAGUUAAACAGGAGGAAGCUGCGUUUUUGGAACCUACUCCUGUUAAAUUAAAAAAGAAAAAAAAAUGUAAAGUAGAACCGGAAACAAUUGAAAACCAAGAAAUAGAGCUAUCCACAAUUGACAAAAAAGAAACUGAUAUAAAAGAACGUAACAUAGACAGUUCAUCCCUUGUUAAUAGUGAAUCUGCCGAAAGUAGUGAAAAAGAGGUUGGUUAUAAAAAGAAAAAGAAGCCUCACAGGGAUCCUGGUGAACUUUCAAGUUUCAAGAGACACAAGUUGAAUGAUUCAAGUUUCAAGAGACACAAGUUGAAUGAUUCAAGUUUAAGCAGUCAAAAUGAAGAAUCUAUGUGUGAAGCUGAGGACUAUCUUAAUCUUAAAGUCAAACAGGAGCAAGCUGCUUUUGUAGAAUCUACUCCAGUCAAUUUAAAAAAGAAAAAGAAAUAUAAAGUAAAACCUGAAAUAAUUGAAAACCAAGAAAUAGAGCUAUCCACUAUUGACAAAAAUGAAAUUGAUAUUGAGGAACAUAACAUAGACAGUUCAUCCCUUGGUAAUGGCGAAAGUACGGAAAGUAAUGAAAAAGAUGUUAGUUAUAAAAAGAAAAAAAAGAAGAAAAAAGGUAUUUUAGAAAGAGAAAACAGAGACAUAAGUGAAAUAUUAGAGAAUUCAGAAGUUUAUCAUACAUUAACAAUAGAGAAAACAAUAAACAAUGAUGAUUUUAAUCAUGACAUAAAGAAUAACAGCCAAAUUAUGAGUUCUACAUUACUUAACAACUUUACUUAUGACAAUGGCAAGCAAGACUGUAACAAGGACUUACAGAAAGUUAAUGCUUCAACACUAAAUAGUGCUAAAUCUAGUAAUAAUGCUUCAACACUAAGUAGUGCUAAAUCUAGUAAUCACAUUACUGUGGCAAAUGAAAAAAAAACUUGUAGAAUAUCAGAUAGAAUAAGAUUCGAAGAUGAUAGUGUGGAUUAUGACAUGGAAGAAUAUGCCCCUAAAAAUGAUUUAUCGGAUAUAUUUAAACAAUUUAGUAAUAGUAAUAUAAACUUAACACAGUUGCAGGUCAACUUGAAAAGUGACCCGGGUUUAGGUGAAGAUGAUGAGAUUUGGAUUAUUAGAGGACCACAUGAAAUUUAUGUUGAAGAUUUCAUUAAUACAAAUUUAUCAUUAGAUAAUAAACGAAAAUUAAAAAUAAAUGGAAAAACUUAUGAAAGCAUUAUAGACACCAACACAUUUGCUAUACCAAUUUUAUUAUUCAACGAACAUAAAGUAUUUAUAAAAAAUAUCCCUUUGAUGGGUAUUAUAAAUUUGCACAAAAGGAUUCCUAAAGUUCAUAUUCCAUAUGAGUCAUUAGUUACGAAUGAUGUAAAUACGUUUACUCUCUUACCUGAUACUAAAUGCCGGCAUCCCUUGUUUGGGAUCAACUACAAAAAAGCUACCAAAAUUCCGGUAGAAAUUGCUGAACGGCUAAGUAUGUCAGAUGCACAGGUGAAUACAGAAAAUAAAAAGAAAAAGAAGCAAGAAAUCAAAACAAAACAUGAAAUUGACUCUGACACUGAGAUUAAACCAAACAUUGAAAUAUUAAAUUGCAGUAAAAAGAAAAAGGUGAACUCAAAUGCUGAAAUACAUUUCAACAAAAAUAAAUUUAAGAAAGAAAACCAAGCAACUGAAGCCAAUGUGGAGGACGUCCCAGACAAUGUAGUGGCGCACUCUAUUAAGAAGAAGAAGAAAAUUAAACAACGGAACGAUGACACUUCUUUGGAAUUGAAAUUGAACAUUGAACCAUUACAAUCAAAGAAGAAGAAAAAGUAUGAAGAAACUGAACAAAAAUAUGAAAUUCAAUCUGAUUUUGAGGUGCAACUGAACACAGACCGAGAGUCUAACAAAAAGAGAAGGAAAAAUAGUGAUGAAAGAGGAUCUAAGAAGGUCAAACGUGACACGGGCGGAGCCGAUGCUUGGGACUCAGAGAAAGCUAUAGAAAAAAAUCUUUUUGAUUUUUAGCAACAAUACCAUUUACAAAUUGUAUCAUAAAAUAAUAUACAUAGCAAGGAAAGAGCUGAAGUGAAACAAGACAUUUUGAGCACUCUGACCUCGGACCAAAUAUAUGGACUUGUAUUGCACUUAAAUUCACCGAGAAAAUUGUGUCGUUUUUUGAGGGGGCUAAGGUAAAAUCACACAUCGAAAAUAUUUAAAUAUAUUCUAUGUCCUUACAAUACACAUAUCUAUAAAAUUUAUAGACACAACGACUAAAGUGUAGAAGUUGAGGGAGGCGAGUUUCGCGAAGCAAAGCGACGCUUGUUUUGAAUGGUAGGGAAAACGUACAAGCGCCUGACCUGUGUUUGUUUGUUCUUGUUUCUUAAAUGUUAUUAAUAGCUGGAUUAUGUAAUUUUAAUUUCAUGUGUUUACAAAUGAAAUAAACAGGAGUAGUGGUUUGUGAAA